AUGCUCGACCACCACCUUUUGGACUUCAGGAGUAGUGAGAUGUUCAGAAGAUACACAAAGAUGAAGACAGCUACCAACAUCUACAUCUUUAACCUGGCUCUGGCUGACUCUUUGUUCCUGGCGACUUUACCUUUCCAGGGCACAGACGUGUUCCUGGGCUUCUGGCCGUUUGGGAACGCUCUGUGCAAAGUGGUGGUGUCUAUCGACUACUACAACAUGUUCACCAGCACCUUCACCCUGACGGUGAUGAGUAUGGACAGAUAUGUGGCUGUCUGCCACCCUGUCAAGGCGCUGGACAUGAGGACUCCUCACAAGGCCAAGGUGGUGAAUAUCUGUGUGUGGGUGUUGGCCUCAGCCUUUGGUGUUCCAGCCAUGUUCCUGGGAAAUGUUGAGGUGGAACAAGAGCAUGGCAGUAAGUAA